AUGUACGGAGGAGAUGGUUCGGUUGUUCCACCCAAGAGUACAGUAAUACGUACUAUAUUAAGUAAUCAUACUUUCUGCUUGUUGGGUUCCCUCUGCGAGAUAUAUGGAUUCAGGGACCUAGCACAUUCUUGGCCAGAACCUCCCGCCGGUACCAGUUUAUGCGUCAAUCCCGAUAAGCCAGCAGAACAUUGUAUCGGAUAA